AUGAAGGAUUUUGACUGCGUGGUUGUCGGUGCUGGAUUGUACGGGCUAGCUGCCGCACGGCAGUUCCACCACAUGCAGCCUGACUGUUCGCUGGCCAUAUUCGACUCUCAGUCAUCUCUCGGCGGGACUUGGGCAGAGGAACGUCUAUACCCCAACUUGAAGAGCAAUAACUUGCUGGGAACCUAUGAGUAUCCCGGGUUUUCUAUGAACAGCGGCGAUUUCAACGUUAAUCCCGGCGAGCAUAUCACCGGAUUAGCACUUCAUUCCUACCUUAAGGCGUAUGCUGAGCAUAAUGGAAUAGCAGACCUCGUUCACUUGAACCAUAAAGUGCUGUCUGCGGAACAUCAGGACAAGGAUGACGGCGGUUGGGUUUUGAGUGUUGUGACGUCUGAUCUGAAGGAGAGGAAGGUGUUUGCCCAUCGACUCAUCAUUGCGACGGGACUCACUUCGGAUGCCUUCCUCCCACAUUUUGAUGGGCAAGAAGAAUUCGGCGCCAGGAUAUUCCAUGGGAAGCAUUUCCAACAGAAUAGCGAUACCUUGAAGACCGCCGCCGCGGUGACCGUAUUUGGCGCAAGCAAGUUUGCCUGGGAUGCUGUCUACGCAUAUGCUACUGCUGGGGUGAAGGUGAACUGGGUUGUUCGGUCGAGUGGCCACGGCCCGUGUUGGAUAGCCAGCCCGUAUGCGACGCCUUUGAAACUACGGAUGGAGAAGCUCGCUAACUUACGCCUUCUGACCUGGUUGAGCCCGUGCAUCUGGGGCGAAGCUGAUGGCUAUAGUUGGAUCAGGCACUUCUUCCACAGCACAGCCAUCGGGCGAUUUAUCGUGGACUUUUUCUGGAAAUGCAUGUCGAAUGACGUGAUGGCGCAAAACAACUACAAUGGACACACAGACACAGCCAAGCUAAAGCCGUGGACGGAGGCCAUGUUCACAGGCGACAGCUUCAGCGUCCUGAAUUACGACAAGGAUAUUUUUUCGCUCGUAAAAAGCGAUCUUGUGCAUGUACACAUUGGAGAGAUCGACCAUCUUAGUCCCGGUAAGGUGCACCUUGGAGACGGCACGGCACUCGCGUCGGACGUCCUCGUCGCGAACACAGGCUGGAAGCACGUGCCGGGUAUCAAGUUUCUUCCCGAGGGCAUCGCGGCCGAGCUGGGCAUCCCGCACCAGCAGACCGACGCCAUGGCGAUUCCUGAAGACCUCGCGAACCAGCAAAGCCUAGUCGAAGCAGCUGACCGGGAGAUCCUGCAAAGGUUCCCACGCCUCAGGCGCCAGCCGGUGUGGAACCCGCACUACAAGCCCAUGACAGAGCAGAAAGGGAUCUCCAGCGCCGACGACGUGACGCCGUACACGCAGUUGACGCCUUACAUGCUGCACCGUUUCCUGGUCCCCGCAUCGGCUCGGUUUCUGCGGACGCGCGAUAUCGCAUUCGCGGGGAUGAUGUCGAAUUUCAGCAACGCCAUCACGGCGCACAUCUCCGGGCUGUGGAUCAGCGCCUUCUUCUCGGGGAAGCUGACCGUCGAUCCCAGCUCGUCAGUCCUACCAGACGGUAAUGGGGAAAGGGAAUAUGUGCGCCGGAAGCUGCAGUAUGAAACCGUCUUGCACAAUCGUUGGGGAAAGUGGCGAUAUCCAACGGAUUGGGGAACCAAGAGACCGAGCUUCACGUUCGACGCUAUGCCGUACUUCGAUCUGCUGCAGAGGGAUCUCGGGCUCGACCCGCAUCGUAAGGGAGGCUGGUUCGCGGAGAUAACGCAGCCGUAUGGGCCCGAGGAUUAUCAGGGUAUUGAGGAUGAGUGGAUGCAAGAGCAGAAGCUUAUCAGCAAUAGUGUGCAGACAGAUCUUUCGGAAUAUUGA